UAGAGUAAUCAAUCCAAGAAAAUGAAGGGAGUAACAUUGGUGGUCAUAGUAGUUGUCUUCAUCCUUGCCUCAGCGUUUGCUGAGGCAGGUCCUCCGAAACACAAGCCUAAGAAAGUGAGGUGCAAUAACAAGUACUCCCCUUGUUAUAAAAAAGAUCUGUUUUGUCCUGCUUCGUGCCCUCGGACUUGUUCAGUUAAUUGUAACAGUUGUCAGGCUGUCUGUGGACCUGUGCCACCACUUCCGCCUCCACCACCUAAGGUACAGAAGCCUAAGAAAGUGGAAUGCAAGGACAAGAAGUUCCCUUCUUGCCACAACAAGCCUCUUUUCUGUCCUGCUUCUUGUCCGCGUAGUUGUAGUGUUGAUUGUGCAACCUGUCAGCCUGUUUGUCAUGCUGUCAAAUCACCGCCUUUGUCUAGCCCCAAGCGUGUUAGGUGUAUGAACAAGAAGUAUCCGGCGUGCUAUUACAGGGAGUUCACUUGCCCUGCUGCAUGCCCUCAGACCUGUCAGGUUGACAGUGUCACUUGCAGUCCUGUUUGCAACUGCAACAAACCCGGAGCAGUGUGUGAGGAUCCAAGAUUCAUCGGAGCAGAUGGCAUAACAUUCUACUUCCAUGGAAAGAAAGACCAAGAUUUCUGCCUUGUUACUGACUCCAAUCUCCACAUCAACGCUCACUUCAUAGGCAAGCGCGAUUCCAACGUGGGAAGGGACUUCACUUGGGUGCAGUCCUUAGGAAUCCUGUUUGACAACCACAAACUCUACAUAGGAGCUCAGAAAACUGCCACUUGGAACGAUGUCCUAGACCGUCUCUCACUUUCCUACGAUGACCACCCCAUCACCCUACUAGAGACCGAGGGUGCAAGCUGGAAAUCCAAAUCUGGUGGUGUUACAAUCACAAGGUCUAAACCCACAAACGCGGUUGAGGUAGAGGCAGAGGGCAAGUUCAAAAUCAAGGCCGUGGUUGUCCCAAUAACGGAUAAGGAUUCAUUGAUACACAAGUAUGGGAUAACCCCCCAAGAGGACUGUUUUGCACACCUUGACUUAAGCUUCAAGUUUAACUCCUUAAGUGAUGAAGUAAAUGGAGUGUUAGGCCAAACCUAUGGAAGCAACUACACGAGUCGAGUUAAGAUGGGAGUAGCUAAUCCUGUCCUUGGAGGUGAUAAGGAAUUCCAUUCCUCAAGCAUGUUUGCUACUGAUUGCGCCGUUGCACGGUUCAAUGGUAAUGGAGAUGAGAAUGAGGUUCGUUCUUAUCAAGGAAUUGAGUUUGCUGAUCUUAACUGUGCUUCUGGCAUAAGUGGCAGCGGAGUCGUCUGCAAGCGCUGAUAAAGUUCAAUUCUUAAACACUUAUUUAUUAAUUAAUUUCAUUACAAUAUAUAUCAAAAUGUUGUUAUAUUGUGUGAUUGUUUGUUGUAUUAGAUCAUGUUAUUUUCACUUAUAAUUUCAUUAUCAAUUGAUGUACACAGUACACCAUUAUAAAAUAAAGCUACUUGUAUAAAAUUUUAAGUUUGUUA